CGCGGGCGGGCGGGGAGGGCGCGCGGGCGGGCGCGCGGCCGCCCCGGCCCGUGCCCGCGUCCGUGUCCGCGCCCGCGCGGCUGCUGCGGAGGGGGGGAAGGGGCCGGCUCGCUGCCCGCCGGCCCGGCCCGUCUGCGGGCGGAUUGAUGUGGGGGGGUCUGACAUGAGUCCGCCGGCGGCCGGGUGCUGCCAUGUGACCGGCUUCAAGGUGGAGAACUGGAAGCAGAACCUGCGGGCGAUCUACCAGUGCUUCGUGUGGAGCGGCUCGGCCGAGACCAGGAAGCGCAAGGACACAGACAUUACGACUAAUAGAGCAUCUGAAAGCUCUUCCAACAUCUUCCUUUGGAACAGUAGAGGGUGGAAGGCGCAGAGGAGGAGGAGGACGGCGGCAGGUGGGGAGAGCAGCCCAGCUUGUCCUGCACGUGAGCAGAAGGCAGCUGCAGCCCCCGACCUGCACAGACCAGGUUUCACAGCAAAGUCGUGCAUUUGUCAUAUGUGUGGUGCCCACCUGAACAGACUCCACUCUUGCCUCUACUGUGUCUUCUUUGGCUGUUUUACAAAGAAACAUAUUCACGAGCACGCAAAGACAAAGCGACACAACUUAGCCAUAGACCUUUUGUAUGGGGGUAUAUACUGCUUUAUGUGUCAAGAUUACAUAUACGACAAAGACAUGGAACAAAUUGCCAAAGAAGAACAACGAAAAGCUUGGAAAUUACAAGCCUUCACCCCAACAGUGGUUUCUCACUACCAGUGUACAAUGACAGGCAUUGGAGAGAAGUAUUCAACGUGGGAGCCAACGAAACGAGAGUUAGAAUUGCUACGACACAACCCCAAGCGAAGAAAAAUAACCACAAACUGCACCAUAGGUCUACGAGGGCUAAUCAAUCUUGGGAACACAUGUUUUAUGAACUGUAUUGUCCAGGCACUUACCCACACUCCACUGCUGCGAGAUUUCUUCCUCUCCGACAGGCACAAAUGUGAAAUGCAAAGCCCCAGCUCAUGUCUGGUCUGUGAAAUGUCUACGCUUUUUCAGGAGUUUUACUCUGGGCACCGAUCUCCUCACAUUCCAUAUAGGUUAUUGCACCUGGUAUGGACUCAUGCACGGCAUUUAGCAGGGUACGAGCAACAAGAUGCACACGAGUUCCUCAUUGCUGCAUUAGAUGUGCUACACAGACACUGCAAAGGUGAUGAUAACGGGAAGAAGGCCAACAACCCCAACCACUGUAACUGCAUCAUAGACCAAAUCUUCACAGGCGGACUGCAGUCUGAUGUUACUUGUCAAGUCUGCCAUGGUGUUUCCACAACGAUAGACCCGUUUUGGGAUAUCAGUUUGGAUUUGCCAGGCUCCUCCACCCCGUUCUGGCCACUGAGUCCAGGGAGUGAUGGCAGUGUCGUAAAUGGGGAAAGCCAUGUAUCAGGCACCACCACUCUCACAGACUGCUUGCGAAGGUUUACAAGGCCAGAACAUCUAGGAAGCAGUGCCAAAAUCAAAUGUAGUGGUUGCCAUAGCUACCAGGAAUCUACCAAACAACUCACUAUGAAGAAGUUACCCAUUGUGGCCUGUUUUCAUCUCAAACGGUUUGAACACUCAGCCAAACUGAGGCGAAAGAUCACUACGUAUGUCUCGUUUCCGCUGGAGCUGGACAUGACACCAUUCAUGGCUUCCAGUAAAGAGAGCAGAAUGAACGGGCAAUACCAGCAGCCGACGGAUAGUCUAAACAAUGAUAAUAAGUAUUCCUUGUUUGCAGUAGUUAAUCACCAAGGAACCUUGGAGAGUGGGCACUAUACCAGCUUCAUCCGGCAACACAAGGACCAGUGGUUCAAGUGUGAUGAUGCCAUUAUCACCAAGGCUAGCAUUAAGGAUGUACUAGACAGUGAAGGAUAUUUGCUGUUCUAUCACAAGCAGUUCCUGGAGUAUGAAUAGCCUUAUCCAGCAGCUUGUCAGAUAUAAACAAGGAAGAAAAUAAGCAAGCCUUCUGAAACGACACACAAACCUACCUGAAAUGAAAAGACCCAUUAAAAAACAACUAGCACUGAGCUGUAACAGGACCUACUUGACACUGGCUCAAAGCCUGGCGGAGUAAGAAAUGAACAAUGUCCAACGUGUAUGCAGUCCCGCAAGGACAGAAAGGGGGAAAAAAGAGGCUACAGUCAGUCACUUGACAGAGGAAAUAUAAAAUGAAAGGAAUGCUCUGGGUGGGGGAAAUGGGAGCAGAGGAGUCCGGGCACUGGUACAUCUCCUAUGUUCCUCCAAAAUGUGUGUGGGAAGGCAAGGGGGUGUACCCUCAUCUCCAUAAAGCAUCUUCUCCAUUGGUGCUUCAGCUCCAACGACCAAUCAUAUAACAGUUAAAAUUAAAAAUCCAAGCCCAUUUUUUAUGCAUAUGGGUCUGAAAGCAGUAGAGUGGAGGAGGAGGGGAUGACACAACUAAAGGACUUUGCAAGUAUCUUUUUAUUUGUGAAUUUUAGUUAUUAAAUAAAUACAGUAUGAAACUA